CGAGCACUUCCGGCUUUUGGUGCUGAUGAGACUGAAGUGAACUGGUGAUGCUUUGUGUUUUCAUUUAGCUGUCGAUGCUCACGUGUAGAUUUAAAGCCUCUUAUUUCAGCAUUUACGCGAUAGAGCGCAUCAGGCUUUGUCCAGUUUGGGUCGAAAUAAAGAAGACGAUUGAAGAUGGCUGAUAGAAGUGACCUGAAAGCUGAGCUUGAGCGCAAAAAGCAGCGCUUAGCCCAGAUUCGAGAGGAGAAGAAAAGAAAGGAGGAAGAGAGAAAGAAGAAAGAGUCUGAGAUGCUUCAGAGGGCUGAAAAUGUGUCCGAAGACUCGGACCUGGACAGAAAGAGAAGAGAGACAGAGGCUCUUCUACAGAGCAUUGGGAUUUCACCAGAACCACCAUUAGUGCAGCCACUGCAGCUUUUAACAUGGGAUACCUGUUAUUUUCAUUAUUUAGUCCCAACCCCUAUGUCUCCCUCUUCGCAAUCAGUGAGCCCACCCAGUGAAACGGGAAGUCAGGAGUCCAUAGAUGGAGGGACAGUGGGAAGGACGUUACAGUGGGACACCGACCCCUCAGCUCUUCAGCUUCUCGCAGAUUCUGUUCAUGGGUGCAGGAUGCAAAGGCUUGGUGCAUCAAAAAUUGUUCAGAUUGAUUUCAUGCCAAAAGAACUGGUGACAUACUGUAAAGAGACACAGACUCCUGUUGCAUCUGAUCAGCCUGAAGAGGAGGAGGAUGAGGAACUGUCAGUGACCAAAUCUGAGCCGGUGCCACAGCAGCUGGAGGAGGAGAGCUCUCAGGAGACCGAAGAAGUUUAUCCUAGAGAACUGACCAACGAGGAAAAAGAGCAGAUUGUUCAUUCAGAGGAUUUCCUGUUUUUCUUCGACCGAAGUAUCCGUGUAAUGGAGCGAGUGUUGGCCGAGGAUACGGACAUUUUCUUUGACUACAGUGGGCGAGAUAUGGAAGACAAAGAAGGGGACAUGCAAGCCGGAUCAAACUUGUGUUUUAAUCGUCAUUUCUACGAUGAGCAUUGGUCCAAACAUCGAGUUGUCACUUCCCUGGAUUGGUCGCCACAGUAUCCUGAAUUGCUAGUGGCCUCGUACAACACUAAUGAGGAUGCGCCUCAUGAGCCAGAUGGAGUUGUGCUGGUCUGGAACAUGAAGUUUAAGAAGAUGACCCCUGAGUACAUUUUCCACUGUCAGUCCUCAGUGAUGUCAGUUGGCUUUGCUCAGUUUCAUCCCAACCUUGUGAUCGGAGGGACUUACUCAGGACAGAUAGCACUGUGGGACAAUCGAAGUCACAGGAGGACCCCAGUGCAACGAACGCCCUUGUCUGCAACUGCACACACUCAUCCCGUGUACUGUGUGAAUGUAGUCGGAACACAAAAUGCCAACAACUUGAUUACAGUAUCCACAGAUGGCAAGAUGUGCUCCUGGAGUCUGGAUAUGCUCUCGCAGCCUCAGGAGAGUAUGGAGCUGAUCUACAACAAGUCAAAACCAGUGGCCGUCACUUGUAUGGCCUUCCCCGCAAGUGAUGUGAAUAACUAUGUGGUAGGAAGUGAGGAGGGCACGGUUUACACAGCAUCCCGCCAUGGAAGUAAGGCUGGUAUUGGUGAAAUGUUUGAUGGGCAUCAGGGUCCUGUGACUGGAAUCAGCUGCCAUAACGCUGUGGGUCCGGUUGACUUCUCCCACCUCUUUACCACUUCCUCAUUUGACUGGACGGUCAAACUGUGGUCAACCAAACAUAACAAGCCGCUGUAUUCCUUUGAAGACAAUGCAGACUAUGUAUAUGAUAUUAUGUGGUCUCCAGUGCAUCCAGCACUUUUUGCUACAGUGGAUGGCAAUGGUCGUUUGGACCUCUGGAAUCUUAACAACUACACCGAGGUGCCAUCCGCAAGUGUGACAGUAGAGGGAGGAUGUGCCCUGAACCGGGUCAGAUGGGCGUCAGGGGGCAGAGAGGUGGCCGUGGGUGAUUCAGAGGGCCAAGUUUGGAUCUACGACGUGGGAGAGCAGUUUGCUGUGCCACAUACAGACGACUGGAGCAAAUUUGCCCGCACGCUCAUGGAGAUUCGCGCAAACCGAGGGGAUGGAGAGGAAGAAGGUGCUUUGGAGCUGCCUGCCUGAAACACACACACACACACAUUUACAUUCAGUGAGAAACACGUAAAGAUACGUUGAAACAGAUGCUUGAUAUAAAGUGAGUGAAUCACACAUUCACGCUGCUGUGAUCACAGGUCUUUUUUCUUUUGCCUACAAAAGUCUAUUUAUAGCAUGGGUGUUAAUUAGCAGUAACUCCUCUUUCAAUGCUAAUAGUUAAUUCCAGAACACACACAGGUGAAUGGGCUUGAUCUAACUAUAUCUAGGGCUUGCAGUGACUAUAUAGGAGUGAGCCAUUGUGAUCAAAUUUUAGCAAAAUAGGUGUGCGGGAAUUAUAAUUGUUAGAUUAUUUUACAUACAGUUGUAGUUAAAUUUGCAUACACCUUGCAGAAUCUGCAAAAUGUUAAUUAUUUGACCAAAAUUAGAGGGAUCAUACAAAAUGCAUGUUAUUUUUUAUUUAGUACUGACCUGAACUGAUAUUUCACAUAAACAUAUUAGUUUAGCGAUAGUUGUUCAUGAGUCCCUUGUUUGUCCUGAACAGUUAAACUACCAGCUGUUCUUCAGAAAAAUCCUUUAGCUCUCACAAAUUCUUUGGUUUUUUCAGCAUUUUGUGUAUUUGAAUCCUUUCCGACAAUGACUGUAUUAUUUUCAGAUCCAUCUUUUCACACUGAGGACAGUUGAGGGACUCAUUUGCAACUAUUACAGAAGCUUCAAACGCUCACUGAUGCUCCAGACAGAAACACAAUGCACUGAGCCAAAGAUCCGGGUAAAUUUAACUUAUUUUGUCUUCUGGGAAAUAUGUAAGUAUCCUCUGUAGCUUCUGAAGGGCAGUACUAAAUUAAAAAAAAAUAUGAUAUUUGGACAAAAUAAUAAAAAUGCACACAUCUUCAUUCUGUUCAAAAGUUUUCACCCCCCAGCGCUUAUUGCAUCAUUUCUCCUUCUGGAGCAUCAGUAAGUGUUUAAACCUUUUGUAAUCGUUGCAUAUGAGUCUCACAGUUGUCCUCAGUGUGAAAAGACAGAUCUCAAAAUCAUACAGUAAUUGCUGGAAAGGGUUCAAAUACACUAAUAAAAAUGCUAAAAAACUAAAGAAUUUGUGGGACCUAAAGGAUUUUUCUGAAGAACAGUGCACAGUUUAACUGGUUUUAGGACAAACAAGGGACUAAAAAAAAUAAAAACAGCUCUGGAUCAUUUUGGUAAAAACACAGUAUUAAGAAUCAAGUGUAUGAAAAAUUUUGCAACAGGGUCAUUUUUAUAAAUUCAGCUAUUAUUUUCUCUUGUGGACUAUAUGUACAUGUCUUUUAUGUAAAACAUCUUAUUCAGGUCAGCACUACAUAAAAAAAUAACAUGCAUUUUCUAAAAUCCCUCUUAUUUUGGUCAAAUAAUUAACAUUUUGCAGAUUCCGCAAGGUGUAUGUAAACUUUCGACUUUACCUCUGUGUUAAAGUACAAGGUCAUACUGAGAUAUGUACUGACUCUUAUGUAAAGAUGUAUUACAGCAAAACUUACGAAUGUGACUUGUUUUUCCUCCGAGCUUUUAUGUUGUAAGUGUGCAUAAUUUAAUAUAAACCUGCAACAUAAAACAACCACAAAGUGUGAACUUCCAAUAAAGGUCAUUGUGUCUCAAAUCGUGCGUUUUAAAAUUCAUUUAAGCAGUUGCGGGUGAUAAAAAGUUUGAAUAUCGAUGUCAUAUCACUUCAUAACGUUUUCGUGUCAUUAAAGCUUUUAUCUUUAAUCACAAUGA